AUGGCUCGCGCUAUCUUGAACGCCGCCAAGUCGGCAUCCAAUGUCGUCUCCAUCAACCAGAAAUACUCGGUCCAAUCCACCGGUGUCUGGGAGCGCAUUCGUCGCCUGUUCGCUAUCGACCCCAACCGCUCGACCGGUAUCCCCUUGAACUCUCAAUACCGUCUCCCGACUCCAGGCUCUCUGCCCCCUUUGUCGUAUGAUGACCCCGUAACCGUGCCCGCGGGUGACAUUGCCGACAACCCCUACUGGAAGCGCGAUGUACGGAGAAGCUACCCUCAACUCAGCACUGUGCGCCAGGCCGAUGCCGUUGGACUCCUCACCGUUGGGAGCCAGGCCGCCCCUAAGGACGAGGUACUGAAGCUCGGAGAGGCUGGCGAGCAACAAUUGGUUUCCGUUAAGGAACAGGGUGAAGAGCGUGGUCUCGCCGCUCUCUUCGAGCAAGACAAGAAGAGCGUUCAGGGUGUGUUGGGUGCCAAUGGCCUCCCUCCUCACCCCGCCAACAUCAACCCUGUCUCGCAAUCCUCACAGUCCAAGUACGUGCUUGGGACGGAGAACGGCUAUCCUGAGAAAUACUCCUGCCGCACCUUUGUUUGA